AUGUUCACCCGUGCUUCUCGCUCAGGUACCGUUGUUAUUGCCAGCCAUCUUCGUCGCCCGGUGUCAUCUUUCCGGCCUAUCAUGGCAACUGCCCAACCAGUCGUACAGGCGAAGAGAGCCUACUCUUCGGUUCUGACCAGUGUCCAUACCGAUAAGGCCUAUGCCCCGUUCGCACACUACUCCCAAGCUAUAAAAGCCUCUCCAGGAGCCAGCCACAUCUACCUCUCAGGCCAAAUCCCCGCCGACGCCAACGGAACCCUAAUCACGGGAUCUGUCGCCGACAAAACGAGGGCGAUUCUACGCAACACGGAGUCGAUCUUGGAGGAGGCCGGUGCUGGCCUGGAUGGGGUUGUUAAGGUUGUUGUAUACCUGAAAGACGCGCGCAGUAUGCCGGAGUUUGCAAAGGUGUAUGAUGCUGCGUUUCCGCAUAGGCCGGCGCGAUCUAUGGUCGAGGUUUCUGCUUUGCCUGCGGGCGUUGAUAUUCAGGUUGAUUUUAUAGCUGUUUGCUAG